AUGCAGAACCUCUCAGAGGGUUUACUCAAAGCAGCUGAGGCAGAGGCUAAACAACAAUUGACAUUCACUGUGAAUCAAGUAUUCACUAUGAAGAGCUUCACCAACACAAUUGCCAUCAUCAAUAAGAAUAGAGAAAACCAGAUCUUAGGCCUGCAGCAGGAGAUUGAAUGUUUAUACAGACAGGUGACUACACUGAACCUGGAGGUUUCAUCACAAUUGUUCACAACCUCUUCAGAAGUGUACACAUCAUCAGAGACUGCUGCGCAGAAUGAGAAUCUGAGCAUGAAAUACAUCAAGCUGAGAGAUCUGCCAGAGUCAUCAAGCUUCAAUGACAACUGA